GAGGACUUCGAAUGUCAGCCGGGACAGUGGUUAUCUGUGGUGGAAUUCUAGCUACAGUCAUCUUACUGACUAUCGUUGCAGUACUGUGCUACUGUAGGUUGCAGUAUUAUUGCUGUAAGAGGGAGGAGCCAGAGAUGGAGGAGGAGCAACCGGACCUCACCAUCAUGUCCUCUCUCCCCACACCAGUGCACACGGCUUAUGACCAGGACAUGAUGACCACGCCCCCCUCUGAGCCCAACGGGCCCGCCUUUGUCUACACUCCUUCCCUGACCCGCAAACCAAUGACACACUCCCAUAGGUUUUGCUCAUCCUGCACUCGCUACUCCUUGCCCUUCUACCUGCAGCACUCCUCUGAGAGACUGCAUAACGGUGGCGGCCGCAUCAGCUACAGGACUGUGCAGCAGCAGGAGCUGGACCUGCCAAUGGACCUGGCCAGCUUCAACCACAAGCUCAACCUCAUCCGCUCUGUCACCAUGAGGGAGGUGGUCACUCACAGCCACGGUGUCAGCACUGAUGUGUAGCCCCAUGGUGGCUGGGAGGACUAAUGUUAGGGACCUGACCUGGCUGAAGGGAAUUGUAUUGCACUCGUACUUACUGUAGAUAUUUUCCACCUCACCAAACCGAUGGAUACGUUCACUCGCUCACAUGAUGUAGAGAGGUUUUUUGGUGUCACAUGCAGAUAUAUGGACACCUACUCCUGAAUUCACAUGAACAAUUCUUUUUAAAUGGCUUAAUAUCAUAGGCAUAUAGGAUCUGUGAUUAUGAGGGAGACAUUUUUUCUCAAGAGAAGCUUAAGCAGGCAGAUGAAUAACUUUGGUACUGUGUAUGUUGUGUGAUACCUGUACUAUACAUUCUCUUUGGGUUUAUGCAGGUGAUGACACAUAAGCUACUGUAAGCUGCUAAAAUAAGUCCAGAACCCUAAGUAAUAUUUUAGAUUAGACAGAAAAUGACCUGAUUCCCCAAUAUUCUGAAGUGUUUUGGUUAAAGUUCUGAGUGUCCUCAUAACAGCUUCUUAAUCGAGUGUGGAAACUGAACUAUUUUAAGAGCUAAUUUGGUGACAAUUUAAAGGGAAAAUAUGCUUAAAUAUGUAUUUGAAGGGAUUUUCAUGUCGUUCAUUGUCAAGUCAUAUAUUUCAAGUUCCACAAUACAUUUGACAUACGUCAAUUGAGUUGGUUUCUCCAGUAAUGUGUGUAAUGUUCACUUGGCAAGUAUGGGUGGCACAGCCCUUUUUGUUUUGUGAAGAAACGGAACAUGUCUUGUUUGCUUUAACAGGGUUUUGUCUUCUUAGUGUAGAGGAUAUUUGUUUGUUAUUUCAGCAGUAAAUGUGAGAAGGAAAACGACACACAGAAACCAGCAGGUGGCAUCAGGUCCUAAUCCAUGCUUUUCCCAUCAUCGAUACUACUACUUUGGAUGAACCAUAUGUGAAAUAGUGUCAACA